GCUUUUGUUUCUAUAGUUCAAAGCACUUCUCCAUACAAUCAACCAAACUUUCUUCCAGUUCCAUUUCCACAAGCAGUUUUCUCGGCUACUUCCCGGGGGCUUACCCAUUGCUUUAUGGGAAACGGUAUAAUAUGGAUUGGACCAGUCGGUACAGAUCGCCAUAUGCAUCGCCAAUAGUCAGCAUAAAAACAAGCUCGGAAGAGACGGUCACUGUCCACUUGGAUUUGUUUCGCAAACGCAUGAGCCGACACACAUCGCCUCUACCUGAUCUCGCACAUACGUUUCGCGAGCUAGAUUUAUCGGAGCUUGGUCAAAACGUCGUCCACGUCAUUGUCCAUUUCCUGUACUCCGGCCAAUACGGGUCAGCACUUGACGCAUAUUGGCGUUUCAACCCCGAGGUCUAUUUGGAAGCCUUGCGCGUGUACGGAGCAGCGCUGCGGUUCAGGAUUGAUAACCUUGUUCCUCUAGCCCAAGAGCAAUGCGAACGCCUUGUAGAAGAAAUGGAUAUCCUCGAAGCCCUGAAGGUCGCUAAGGGAGUACUACCUGACCUGCCGGUCAAAGACACUUGGUUGUCUGAACAUAUCAACGGGCUGCUUUGCAAAGCUAUUCAGACCGGUAGAAUCCACGGGGGGGACAUGAAGGCCCUGUUCGAAGACGUCAAUCCGUUCUGCUGGACCAUCUUCCAGUUGCUCGCGAAGCAAUUCGAAAACCGCGAUGAGCAGCUAGCAGAGGCAAAGGAAAAGAUCAGUGAACUGGAGAGAGCAUUGAUGGCAAAACAGGCAGAGGAGACUUUCUCACAUUUGGAGUUUUCACGGUCGGAAAUUUCAGGCUCACCUUUGACCCCGGAAUACGCAACCUCGAAGCUGAAACAAGACAAUCUACAGCGAGAGCCUUCCGAACAGGAUAAUCCAGAAGACAAGGCGGUAGUGGACGACUUCGAGCAUGCACCGGAGGCCGAACCAACGCCUAUAGUAGGGCUAGACUCGGGGAAACCAGCAGAUCCAGAGUGUGAGUCAGAACCAGUGGCGGAAGAUCCAGCAGAGCAGGAGCGGGAGCCUGAACCAAAGGAGGCUACAGUAGAGUACGAGUGGGAACAGGCAACAGUAGAGGAAGUCCCUAAAGAGCAGUAGUGUGAAGGAGAACCAGUAGAGGAAGCUACGGCAGAGCAGGAGUGGGAACCGGCAACAGAAGAUAAGCCUGAACGAGACGUGGAACCGGAGCCAGUGUUGCCUUUACUAAAGAUACUAGCGGAAGUAACACCAGUCGCCUCUCCGAAGGAGGAUUAUUCCACAGCAAACGGCUACGAGUCCCCGUUACCUACACACAAAAAAGUAUACAAAGGUCUAAGGCGUAAGAAAAGCUCAAAGCGAUAAAGUUAGCUUGAGCACAUUGCUAUCCGCCGUUUCCCGAGCAAGGAACUGACUGCUUCCUUU